CAGGGACGUUUAACUCGAAUUGAAUCGAGUCAGUUUUUUCCACUCGGACAUCGGUUUGUCAAAAGCUUCCUGGACAAUUGGCAUUCGUUUGACAAAAUAUUCAGUAUAUUUUGAUAAUCAGCUUCCAGCCUUUUGGCUGCUUGAUGACAAAAAUUCCAUCUCCAUAUCUCCAGUAGACCUCAAGCUUAAGAAAUUUCAUCACUGACUAUCAAUAAAAAUAUUUUCUUAACUGCUACGGAACCAACGGGGAUGACUCUUCGGGUAUUUAUAAGGAGAACGUCUGGCAUGUAUCGAUCAGUCUUCAGCCAGCGAAAAAGGAGCACAGAAUGUGCCUAAAAAUUGGACUCGUACUAUUCCUGACACUCUUGUCACUUCACCAAUCCGCUGGCCAAGGUGAUGCCUGCGAGGAUCAAGGAGGAGAGGUUCGAUGCGUUCCUUUUGAAUCGUGUGAAAGUCUUAGCCGCAAGCUCAACGGUCGACGUCUUCAAAUUUCGGGUCGAUCCAAGUGUACCCUCGUGCCGUUCCAAAAUAUAGAAGUCAAAGUUUGUUGUCCCUACGAAAUCGACUACCGAGCCAAUGAUUCCCGAGACACCAGUAACCAGGGACGGAAUGCUCGGCCCGAAGGUGGUUGGAAUAAUCGAAUUGAAACGAGGCGCUACGAGGUCCUUCAGCCACCUGUGUGCGGCAUCAGCAACGCUACCUUUCCAAAAGUUAUUAAUGGAGAACCUGCAGAUUUAGGUGCAUGGCCUUGGGCCACACUUCUCGGUUACAGAUCGAGGUACGAGACAUUAUUCAAUUGUGGUGGUGCGCUCAUCUCUUCUCGGCACGUUCUAACAGCUGCUCAUUGUGUCACUUCUGGUUUGUAUCUCGUACGAGUCGGCGAGCUCGAUAUUGAGGAUCCCGACGAGGGCGCGACACCGAUCGAUCUGUUAAUCGAAAACGUUACUGUCCAUCCCCAAUACGAUUCUUCUAUUUAUAGAAAUGACAUCGCCGUUCUUCGAUUGGAAAGGGACGUUGAGUUUACUGAAUUGAUUAGACCAAUUUGUCUACCCACGUCCCCGGGAAUAUUUGGCGGAUCAUUGAACAAAGCUUUUCCUUUUAUCGUCGGAUGGGGCGCUCUUAAAGAUCAGAUUGUUGCCGCUGCUGCUUUGCAACAAGUUAAAUUGCCAAUUGUCGCAGAGGAAAAAUGCAAAGCAGCCUAUAGCAAAACAGCAAGGAUUAUUGACGAAAGUGUACUUUGCGCUGGUUAUGAACAGGGAGGCAAGGACGCGUGUGUGGGUGACAGCGGCGGACCGAUGAUGUUACCAAUCGCCCGAACUUGGUACAGUAUCGGUGUAAUCUCGUUCGGUUCCCGAGGGUGUGGUGUACCAGGCAUUCCCAGCGUGUAUGCGAAAACGGAAUACUUUCUGGACUUCAUUGUCAAGAGUUUGAAUUGAUAGUUCCGGGCUCUCCGAAACGCGAUUCCGAGCUUCCUCAUUGAUUUUUCACUCUUCAAAAUGACGGGGAAUCAAGUGAAACGACGUCAUCGGCGUUAGCACGUCUCAGCUACCAAGAUCUCACAGGAUCGUCCACGAAUUUGUCGACACAGGAGACCUCGCGGCAGCCAAGGGGACAUGCUAUUUUUCCAAGUGCUUCGAGGCAAUGAUUUAUUCAUUUUCCUUCUUUCUGCCCAUACUUUUUUAACUUUUUAUGUUCCCAUCGCAUGGCUUCAGUUUCACGUUCCCCCUCAUUUCACUGUUCGUGUUUCCGUUCGAGUGAAACUUCAAGACUGCUGGCUGCACAUGAAUUAAUAAAAUACCCUUUGAGGUGCAAAAAAAUCGCAGAAAAGAUUAUUCAAUAGAUUUUCAACAACGACGAAUUGUGAAAAGUUCAAUAAAGAACUUUGCGAAAGUUAAUAUUCUACAUUUUCUGCAUUCGCACUGAAAAAAUUCAAACUAAUCAAUGCACAUUGAGUUAAGUUUAUUGUAACCGUUCCUCAAAUAAUAAUGAACUUUAUCUUUUCAAAAA